AUCGAGCGCUCUGUGGGUGCGGAUUGUCAACGGAUUUGCUAGAAUCGAAUUGGAUUUUACUUAUUGGAUUAAACAAGAGAGAGAACUCUGAAACUGUGGCUGUUUGAAAAACUUCAAACCAAAAUUUACAUAAAAUCUUUUGGACGUUUUCGAACUUCAACUCCAACAAAAUGUUGUUUCAACGCUCGCGCGUCGAGUACACGGCCGAGCAGAUCUUCAAAAUCAAACAACUCAAGCAGCUGGUGGAAAAGUCCGAGGAGCUUCAGGUGGGAACAGACGACGUAUUUCUAACAAAAUUCCUGCACUACACACACUGGGACACAAUCAAAGCCUACCAGGCGAUCCAUGCCUACUACGACUUCAAGCACAAGCACCCCAGCUGGGUGGCCAGACACCCAAUUGAGUAUUAUCGGAAGAUAUUCUACGGCACGCACUGUCGCUUUGUGAUGCCCCAUGCGGAUAAGAAUGGACGUGUGCUGGUAAUAUUCAAGACCGUGGACGCUUUUCAGCAGUUCCCCGACUAUCUGCAGGGUCUCAUCGAAAUGGACGAUCUCAUAUUUGAGUCGCUGCUGAUGCUGCCGCGUGUUCAGGAGAAUGGCAUAACAGUUAUUUGUGAUCUCCAAGGCACCACUCGGAACUUUCUGCGACAGUUUUCUCCAGCGUUUAUGAAGGUCGUGAACGAGAAGAACGCCGUUCUGCCCUUUAGCCAACGCAUUGUUCACAUCGUGCAGCGCGGCUUUCUCAUGCAUGUCACCUCCACGCUGUUCAUGCCAUUUAUGAACAAGGAAUUCAAGGAAAGGAUCUUCACCCACGAUGGCAAAAACCUUAGCAAAUUGCGGGAUAUGGUGGGCUACGACAGCCUACCGGCGGAAUAUGGCGGUCCAGCCUGUAAUGUUCUCGAUACAAAUCUGAUGUUCAAUCAUCUAAGCCAGAAUGCAAAUUAUCUGGAAGAGCUGCAGCACUACGAAAAGAAAAAAUUAUAAUUAAAAUAAAAAUUA